UAAAACUCCCACACCUAACUCAACUCGAAGACAUCAAAAGGUAAGUGAAAGGUAAUAUAUCUUUUUUUUUUUUUCUUUUUUGGGUGUUCUUCUAAAUAUUUGAGUAACUAGUUUUUUCUGACUUAAUAGUUUUCAAUUUUAUUAAAUCUCUGUAAAAAUCUCACAAAAGUACAAAGGAAGGAGAGAAACCCUAACAUGGGACGAGAUAAACAAGUCAAGAAAGAUUCUCCACUAUCUGAACAAGGUGCUAUAAUUUUGGCUUCAAGUCAAAAUGAGAAACUUGUUGAGAUAGAGAAAGACAAGAGACUUGCGUUGAUAGAUGCUUGGGAAGAGAACGAGAAGGCAAAAGCUCAAACCAAAGCUUACAAAGAACUUUGCUCAACUGAAGCAUGGGAGAACAACAUGAAGACAGCUCUAGAGUUAGAUUUGAAGAAAAUGGAGUUACGGUUCGGAUACGCUCCAGGUCCAAAAUACGGUUACGGUUUGAUUUUGGUCAUGCCUAAGUACAGCUACUACACCUUGCCACGGUGUCACGUCUACACACUAAAUUCACCAACGGCAAUUAUGAAGUGUUUAUUUAAUUUCAUCUACAAAUAUAUAAUAUUUUUAUCAGGAGAAUUUAGAAGUGGAGAAAGCUGAAUACUAAAAAAAAAUCAAGAAAAAGAUACCAGAAAUUGAGAAGAUUGCAGAAGCAAAAAGAGAAAAAAUAGAGAAACAAGAGGAGCAAGAAUCUAUCAAAGUGGAAAAAAUGAGUGAGAAGCUAAUCGCAACUCCAAGUGCCUAUCCACCCAAUACCAAAACCUGUGGAUGUUUCUAAUACUUUUUUUCUCAAUGUAAUUGAAAACAACAAAAAAUGAAAAUGUAUAUAUAUCUAAAACGAAUAAUGUAACAAAAAAGCAUCAAUGUAAAUCAUUUAUUAGAAGUGAAUUUCGUACAAAGCUAAA